AAAUAAAUAGAUUGGGUUAGCGCCAUCCUCUAGAGCUCAACACCGCGAUCGUCUCGGUCCUUCGCCACCCUCUCCUCGCUCUCCCUCUCUCUCUCGUCUCCCCUUAUCUCCUCCCAAACCCUAGCGCGAAGACGCGGUGAUCUCCGCCGCUGUCGCGAUCUCCGCACUCGCCGUCGACGGUGCGCGAAGACGCUUCGAAACCCUAGCGCCUUCGCGAUCCCGCGAUCUCCGUCGUCGUGCGGCCGCCGACGCAGUCUCAGGCGGGGAGGCUCCAAAUCCCUUACACUUCGCCGUUGUGUGAUUAUCAGGCAACUUUGCAAGGUACUUUGCUCAUCAUGUAUGCUACUCAAUGCUCGACCGUCGGAAGUCUUGGAAUAGAUGUUCCACAUCAAGGGGGAAUUUUGGCAACUUUGCAAGGUACUUUGCUCGUCAUGUAUGCUGCUCAUCGCUCGACCGUCGGACAUCUUAGAAUAAAUCUUCCACCUCGCCGUGUGAAUCGUAGGCCGCCUCCAGUAUAUAUACCUGUGCGUAAUUCAACAGAACCUGUCAAAUUUAGUGGUCUAUGUGCAUCUCACCGAGAGAUAAAAGUUUCAUCAGUGAGAGGAGAGCCUCGUUUUGGCAGCUUCAGCAACUUCUCUUUAGCAGGAGAAAAUUCUAUUAGUGGAAUUCCAUCAUUGUCCAGACGAAGCAAGAUGCGACCAAGAAGUUCGGUGGUCCCUUUAGCAUCAAAGAGCUCCUUCAGCUACCCUGAGAUGACUUGCAAACCUAAAUGGUGGUGGCGCACACUCGCUUGCAUCCCUUACCUUCUACCUCUCCACAAUAUAUGGUCCUACGCUGAUGUAGUUUAUCAUCUUCACCCUUUAUUGCAAAAUUACGAGUUCCUGGUGAACCCUUUCCUGGACACUAUAGCGUUAAUGCCCAGUUGGCUCACUUACGCUCUUUUCAUGGGAAUCUACUACUUGGUGGUGAGGAGGAAUGAACUGCCUCAUUUCCUGCGGUUCCACAUUGCAAUGGCGAUGCUUUUUGACACGGGCAUUCAGAUCAUGGGGACUGUGUGCACUUGGAUGCCGAACACGGUCUACAGGGGUAGCUUGAUGGUGCAUUUCUGGCUGACAUUGGCAUUCCUUCAGAUGUACACAGUGCUUGAUUGCAUGAGGUGCGCGCUUUCUGGAAUGUACUCGGAGGUGCCCUUUCUGUCUGAAUCGGCGUACAUUCACACUGAUCUGAAGCUAUUUUGAUAUUAGGGUUCCUCUCCAUAAAUAGUUAAUGCAUAGUUAGAAUAAUGUGUCUAUCUGUAGAGAUCGUGGUUACUAGAAGAAGCUACGGAGAUCGUGGCAGAAGAAAUAAUAGCUAGUUAUUAGGCUUGUUCCCUUGUCUUGAAAUAGGAUGUUACCAAAGGUAGGAUUAGAUUUUGGUAAAUUGCGCUACUAGUCCAUGAACUUAGCAUUGAGUUUUGUUUCAGUCCUCAAAACUUUCUGACGUCGACAAUCGAGAUCCUGAACUUUCAAUACGGUUUCAUUUUAGUUACUAAACUUUUUCGUUUGUUUUGAUUUAGUCUUUAACUUGGAAUUAUUGCUUGCACCAAGUUCAUCUUUAUGUGUGUACACUGAGUAUUGCAGCUUUUCAACCUAUCUUGUAUUUUUAAUUCAAUGGUCAAAUUUUUAUAUGAAGAAAAGAUUAUAACUCAAAUGGAUGUAAGUACUGAAAUAUAGGAUAAUAAAAAGGGCCGAUGAAAGCUAUAGCACAGAUGUAUAGAGGCAAUAAUUUACCUUCUAAUAGGAGUUUGUAGAUAAGGUCUAGUGUGAAACUAUUUCAAGAGUUCAGGGAUCAGUAAUGUCGAACCUAAAAGUUUUGAGGACCAAAAUGAAACCCGGCUAGAAGUUUGGGGACUACUACUGUGGAAUGAGAGUGCAAAACAAGUGUGGCAGUUACAUGGACAUUGUUCGAUUCAGGGCCCCACAAGUGUAGACUCCUGUGGGAUUCUGAAUCUAACUAUUAAUUUUGUCUAUUCAAUUCAGAUUAUGUUCUCUUUUAA